AUGAAUCUAGAAGAUGAUAGUGUAUUAAAUUUUCCAGUUAUGUUAUUAACUGGACAUGAAAGUGAAAUAUAUACAAUAGAAUUUUCACAAGAUGGACAAUUUUUAGCAUCAGGUGGUAAAGAUAAACAAAUCCUAUUAUAUGAAGCUUAUGGUGAAUGUAAUAAUUUUGGUGUAUUAACAGGACAUAAAAAUGCUAUAUUAGAAUUACAUUGGAAUAAAAAUUCUAAUUAUUUAUAUUCAUGUUCGGCUGAUUUUACUUCAGCAGUUUGGGAUAUAAAUUAUACUAAAAGAAUACGUAAACUACAAGGACAUUGUGGUAUUGUAAAUAGUUGUUAUCCAGCAAGAAAUAUAUUAAAUGGUUUAUUAAUUACUGGUUCGGAUGAUGGUACUGUUAAAAUUUGGGAUUCCAGAUGUAAAAGCUAUACCAGUUCGAUUUCACAUGAUUUUCAAAUUCUUGCAGUUACUACUGAUCCAAAUUAUAAUUUUAUAUAUUCUGGUUCAUUAGACAAUAUAAUACGAAUAUAUGAUGUAAGAAAUGAGAAUAGAAUAUAUAUGGAAUUGAAAGGAUGUAUGGAUUCUAUAACGAGUUUGGAUUUGAAUGAAGAAAAUACAAUAUUAUUAUCAAACUCAAUGGAUAAUAAAUUGAUAUUAUGGAAUAUAUUACCAUAUGGUAAUAGAAUAAUAAAAACAUUAUAUGGUCCAAAACAUAAUAAUGAAAAGAAUUUAAUAAAAAGUCAUUGGGGUAGAAAUUCUAUAAUUUGUAGUGGUUCAUCAGAUCAAUUUGUAUAUAUAAUUGAUACUAUAGAUGAUAAAAUAUUAUAUCAAUUACCAGGUCAUAUUGGUACAGUAAAUGAUGCACAAUUACAUCCUAAAAUACCAAUAAUAGCAUCAUGUUCUAAUGAUAAAACUAUAUAUAUUGGUCAAUUAUAA